AUGCUGAGAUCUAUGUGGAAUUUUCUGAAACGUCACAAAAAAAAAUGCAUCUUCCUGGGCACGGUCCUUGGAGGAGUAUAUAUCCUGGGGAAAUAUGGACAGAAGAAAAUCCGAGAAAUACAAGAAAGAGAGGCUGCCGAGUACAUUGCUCAAGCAAGACGACAGUAUCAUUUUGAAAGUAACCAGAGGACAUGCAACAUGACCGUGCUGUCCAUGCUUCCAACACUGAGAGAGGCCUUAAUGCAGCAGCUCAACUCUGAGAGCCUCACAGCUCUGCUAAAAAACAGGCCUUCAAACAAAGUAGAAAUAUGGGAGGAUCUGAAGAUAAUAAGUUUUACCAGAAGCAUCGUAGCUGUGUACAGCACUUGUAUGCUGGUGGUUCUUUUGCGAGUCCAGUUAAACAUAAUUGGUGGAUACAUAUACCUGGAUAAUGCUGCAGUUGGCAAAAAUGGCACUACAGUUCUUGCUCCUCCAGAUGUCCAACAACAAUAUUUAUCAAGUAUUCAACACCUCCUUGGAGAUGGCCUGACUGAAUUGAUCACAGUCAUUAAACAAGCUGUGCAGAAGAUUUUAGGAAGUGUGUCUCUUAAGCAUUCUUUGUCCCUUUUGGACUUGGAACAAAAACUUAAAGGAAUCAGAAGUCUCGUUGAGCAACAUAAACCUUCUUCUUGGAUUAAUAAAGAUGGAUCCAAAUCUUUUUUAUGCCAUUAUAUGAUGCCAGAUGAAGAAACUCCAUUGGCAGUUCAGGCCUGUGGGCUUUCUCCUACGGAUGUUACCACUAUUAAGCUACUCAAUGAAACGAGAGACAUGUUAGAAAGUCCAGAUUUCAGUACAGUUCUGAACACCUGUUUAAACCGAGGCUUCAGUAGACUCUUGGGUAAUAUGGCUGAGUUCUUCCGUCCUACAGAGCAGGACCUGCAGCGUGGCAACUCCGUGGACAGUCUCUCCAGUGUCAGCUUGCCUUUAGCCAAGAUAAUCCCGAUAAUAAACGGACAGAUCCAUUCAGUGUGCAGUGAAACGCCUAGUCAUUUUGUUCAGGAUCUGUUGACGAUGGAACAAGUGAAAGAUUUUGCUGCUAAUGUGUAUGAAGCUUUUAGCACUCCUCAACAGCUAGAGAAGUAA